AUGGACGGCUUGCUCGGUAAAAUCAUCGAAAAAGUCGCCGAGAAAGCCAGUGGUGGCAGCAGCAGCAGCAGCGGCGGUGGCUACUCCUCGUACAACCAGCAGCCCAGCCAGGGUUACAAUUCGGGUCCGGCCCCUCCCCAGGACCUCCCUUACCCGUGGGUCGCCCGCUGGGAUGAUCGCGACCAGCGCUGGUUCUACGUGAACGAGCAGACCGGCGAGAGGUCCUGGGAGCGGCCUUACGGCGGCAGCGGUGGCGGUGCGUCCUACGGAGAGCGAUCGUACGGUCAGCCUCAGCCUUCGUAUGGGUAUGAAGGCGGCUAUGCGCAGCCGCAGCAACAGGAACACAAGGAUCAUAGCAUGAUGUAUGGUGCGGCGGCUGGGGCGGCCGGUUUGGUGGGUGGUGCGCUGCUGAUGCACGAGGGGGAGAAGAUCCAUGACCGCUGGGAUGAGGAUAAGGACCGGAUCGAGCAGAAUGUCGAGGAUUUCCCUGAGGAUGCCGCCAGGUGGACCGGCGAAAAGGUCGGUGAAGUCGAGCAGAUCCCCGAGAAUAUUGAACAGAGCUGGGAUCGCACCGAGGACCGCAUCGAGAAUAAGUGGGACAAUGCAGUCGACGACGUCGAGGACUUUCCUGAGAAUGCGGCGGAAUGGACGGGACGGAAAGUCGGCGAGGUGGAACAAUUUGGCGAUAAUAUGGAGAAUGCCUAUGAUGAGGGAGUGGUUGAGGGCCGGGAUGAUUGCAGUCAGAGAUUGACCUGGGCUGCCAUGUCCAAGUCAUCCCUUCCACUCGCAGGAGUUCGAGUCGUCGAGCUGGCAGGCCUGGCUCCAGGCCCGUUCGCUGGACUUCUACUCGCAGACUAUGGCGCGUCAGUGCUGCGCGUUGAUCGGCCGAAUUCCAUCCCAGCAGACCGGUUGACCCGCCGGAAAACGUCCAUCACGUUGGACCUGCGGGACCAGGCUUCGCACCGCCUCCUUCUCUCCGUACUGUCAAAGGCGGAUGUCCUGAUUGAUCCCUACCGUCCGGGCGUGCUGGAACGGCUGGGCCUCUCUCCGUCCGAGGUACUCCUAAAACACAACCCGCGCCUGACCGUGGCUCGCAUGACGGGCUUCCGUCGCGACGGCAAGUACAAAGACAUGGCUGGCCACGACAUCAAUUACAUCGCGGUGUCUGGGGUGCUGUCCAUGCUCGGCCGGAGUGGCGAAGCCCCCUAUGCCCCGGGCAACAUCCUGGGCGAUUUCGGCGGCGGAGGCGCCAUGUGCUUCCUCGGGAUUCUGCUGGCCCUGUUGGCGCGCGCGCACACGGGACGAGGCCAGGUCGUCGAAGCCAACAUGGUCGACGGGUCCGCGUACUUGGCGACGAUGCCGCGUCUGACUCGGCAGACGCCGCUGUGGAACCUCCCCCGCGGCGAGAAUAUGCUGGACGGCGGCAGUCCGUUCUACGGCACCUACGAGUGCAGAGACAGGGGCAAGUAUUUUGCAGUCGGGGCGCUGGAGCCGCAGUUCUACGCGGCGCUGAUCAAGGGGCUGGGGUUCGAACCCGGGGAGCUCCCCGCACGGGACGACCGGGCGAAUUGGCCCGCCCUGCGAGCCGCGUUUGAGCGGCGUUUCAGGGAGAAGACGCGGGCCGAGUGGGAGGCCAUCUUUGACGGCACGGAUGCUUGCGCGACGCCUGUGCUGGAGCAGGCGGAAUUGGAACGCAGUGGCUACGAGCAGAGACCUGCGGUGCACCUGGUUGACACGCCCGGUCUCCCGAUCCCGGCCGACGACGGCGGAUGGACAGGAGGCGGGCUGUUACCCGGUACCGGUGGGCAGGAGACUCUCAAGGCAUGGAUGGGGUGGGAGAAGGGGCGGGACUUUGAUAUCCGAGCGGACGGAGUAUUGGUGUGGAUUGAGGGAGGCAAGUCCAAACUAUAG